AUGGCCGAGCUAGUGGGGCUUCUCGCCAGUAUCGGUGGCCUUAUCCAGCUUGCGGGACAAAUCACUAAACUCAGUUACAGCUACGUAUCAGAUAUCAAAUCUGCUCCAAAAACACAAAAGCUGUAUCUCCAAGAGGUGUCAGCGCUCACAGAUGUGCUUUUUCGGGUAGAAAAGGCUAUCCGAGAGACAGAAACGACCGGUUUAGAACUGCCCUCCUGCCCAUCUUCGCUCAAUGAAGAAGCUCUUCAAGAGUGUCGGCGCCAAUUGUCGGUCCUUCAUCUCGAUCUCGACAAGCGACUUCGCCGCCUCGUAUGGCCGUUUCAGGAAAAAGAGGUCAAAAAGUAUAUUGCCCUUUUGCAUCGCUAUCGAUCGCUCUUUGCCGAUUUUCUUUCAACAAAUAUGAUGUCUGUUUCCACUGCUACGUACAAAAAGGUUGCAACAAUCGACCAGGAGCAAAUUAGGCAGUAUCUUUACUCGCUUUUCCCGGUAUCAGAUAAUCUUCUACGCUCUAGGCCAAAAGCUUGUCCUGGAACUGGGAAAUGGUUUUUGGACUCACAAAAUGUGGAGAGCUGGCGUACCGGAGCCCCAUCACUGCUCUGGUGCUACGGAGCCCCUGGUGUUGGCAAAACGUUACUUUCAUCAAUCACCAUUGACCACCUAUGGGAUAAGAAAAUAGAUACUACAAGCUUCGUGGUAUAUGUAUUUUGUCAGUUCUCAUCCCGGGAGCAACAAAGCCUCACAGCAAUUUUGCAAUGCAUGAUCCGACAGGUAAUCGAGCAAGCAGAUGAAAAGGUGCUUCUCACAAUGAAACAUCUCUUCGCGGACCCAAUGAAGCAGCGUGAGGUUGCAGGACUCGCUGAAGCAUUUGCAACAGCAUGUGAGCUAAAGUCGACCUACCUUCUAGUUGACGGACUAGAUGAAGUGGUUGGAGCAGAUGGCUUGCUCCCUUAUCUAUCUUCCUUUAUCGGAAGUGGGUGCAAAGUAAUGGUCACGAGCCGAGACCUCAGCCAUAUCAGGAAGGCAAUGGAUCUUGCAACCAAGAUGGAGAUAUGUUCGCAAUCGGAAGAUUUAGAGAUCUACAUCGACUCCCGUUUUCAAACGAACGAGCUUCCUCCGGGGGCACAAAAGUUGAUCGCAAAAAUCACGGAAAAGUCGGGGAAUAUGUUUUUACAUACCAAGCUGAUUCUGGAUGAGAUCUUAGAUCUCACUACCGUUCGCCAGAUGCAAAAGGCUCUGGAAAAACAGUCGACGGGGUUGGAUCAAGUGUACCAAUCAACACUACAUCGAAUCGAUAUGCAACCAAGGGCAAGAAGGGAACUUGCUCGGCGAUUCAUCGGAUGGGUUGUCUUUGCGAAGAGACGUCUCAAAGUCGAUGAAGUGAUUCAUGCCUUUGCCGUUGAAGAUGAUGAGGAUUGUAUUGAAGAAGAUAACUUCGUCAGCCCUGAUCUUCUUCUUAGAUCGUGUGUUGGUCUAGUGGUGUUACAUGAUGACAAGACUAUUGCAAUGGUCCAUGCGACCGCUUACGAAUUCUUCGCAUCUACGGUAUUGUUACCACAUGAGAUGGAGAUCGACAUCGCACAGACAUGUCUACGCUACCUGUGUCUAAGUCCGUUCAAGGAAGGACCCUGCACAAGUCGCCUGGAGAUGUCUCGCCGCUUCCAUGAAAUGCCGUUUCUAGAUUAUGCCUCGCGGCACUGGGCAAGUGCGGACAAAGAGCUCAAGUCACUUGUUCUCUUUUUCAUUUGCAACGAGAGGCUCCUCAAUGCCGCCGUUCAAGCAUUGCACUUCCGCAGUGAGCUCGAAGCUGAUCUCCUGGACCCCCUUUUUGAUUCAAUCCCUCAAAACCAAACGGCUUUGCAUGUCGCCGCUUAUUGGAAUCUUACCGGAAUCCUGGGGACAUUGAUCGAGUCAGGACUGAGUACAUCUCUCGCCGAUACUCAUGGCUGGACACCUCUCCACUACUGCUGUGCAAACCGUCAUUUUUCCUCAGCUGAACUUCUCGUGAGAAGUGGAGCGGACGUAAACGCCGCAGACAAUCAAGGGUGGACCCCUCUCUUCUGGGCCUCAUUCACUGGAAGUUUGGAAAUUGUUCGUCUUCUGUUAUCCGAGCAUGCAAAUUAUACACAGCGUAGCAAAUACGGCUGGACGGCAUUGCACUGGGCUAUAUCCCGCGGCGAAACCGGGGUGGUCUCGGAGCUUGUGCGGCAUCAUCAAUCGCAGUUGUUGCGUGUUAUCAAGGUUGACAUUCGGACGCUCAGCGUCGAUGACCUGAGGCGAUUCAACACACCGGAGAACACUUCACCAAUCCAAAUAGCAGCUGAGGGCAACAAUACUUCCAUAUUCGACAUACUUGUGGCUCAGUUCGAAGCACCUGAUUCUGCCGAAGAGGGAAAUUUCCAGAAGAUCUGGUCCAGAGAGAGCUUCAAAGUCCCUGUUUCUCAGAGCGCAUGGCAAAACUCGAUCAAGGCACAAAUAAACGGAACCCCAAUGCCCGGACCGGAGUCAAUUGCUGGAGAGACAUACGUAGAGCAGAACCCGUACACGUACUUUGAACAUGAAUUGAGGAAGGAAGAUCCAUCAGCAUGGAAGUCAACUCUACUUUGCUCCGCCAUCCAAGAUGCUGAUUUCCAGGCAACAAAACUAUUCCUCGAACUUGGAGCAGAUGUGAAUUACAUAUCCGAAAAUGGAUCGCUGUUGAGGGUUGCUACGCGCCAACGAGACCCACGUUUUGUACAAGUUCUGCUGGAAAAGGGUGCCAAAUGGCCACGGACUGAAAUGGAUGGACUGAACCUUGCUAUCUCCCUCGGAAACUUGGAAACGGCAAAAAUCAUUAUCGACAGUGGCCUUAUUCCGGUGAAUGAAUUAUACGGGUAUGAAGCACCUUUGCACGCAGCCGCCGGCCAGAAGGAUCCUCAAUUCGCGUUGCUUCUGCUAUCUAGGGGGGCGCAGAUUGAAAUCCCAGAUUGGUAUGACCGGACUGCCCUGGAUAUCGCUGUCGCGAACGGAUUUGUCGAGACAGCACAAGCCCUGACUGAUAGUGGUGCAGACGUCAACGAGUCAUCAUCCCGAAAGUGCCUGAUGAGAGCCGUUUUUCUUGGGGGCGAGGAUAUUCCGCCGGAAAGGAGGGCCUCUGGAAUUGAAUUGACUCACAUUCUGCUUUCAAAAGGGGCCGAUCCCAACUUCCAAGACGAAGAAGGAAGGACUGCUUUGCAUGUGGCAGCAACGAGUCGCAGUACUGUCGAUAACACUGGGCGGACUCCAAUUUAUGCCAUGAUGGAAUCCGUGGAGGAGAACUGGGAUGUGGAAGUGGUGGGGGAAACCCUUCGCCUGCUGCUCGGAGGAUUAUCCGAAGACGCCGUCAUCACAUUACUCGCCACGAAACCGGGUCAAUCCCUGAAUUCCGAGUCUUCAGGAGACGACGACGUUCACCGAGACACUCCAUUGACCUAUGUUUUGAGGCAGCAACAUUGGAGUAUAGCUCGUCUUUUGAUGGCCUUAGGAGCGCAGCCCCCCUCCGGGCCCAGAUUUCUGCCUAUUUUGAUGAAUGCAGUCCGCUCCCUUGAAUUUCAGAUUGUGGAAAGUCUUAUUGGGAAUGGGGUGUCACCAGGUGAUGACGCUGCUUUGGAAUUGGUAAGGGGCAUUGUUAACAGACUUGGGGAUGAGUCUUCCUCUCUACUUUCUUCCCCUAGAAGGAACAAUAUUACUACGGCUGAAAUAAUGCGUAUGUUUGCAAGGGCAAGACGUCAAAAGUUUCCGAAGCUUCCUCCGAAGGAGAUUGUGCAGGCCUCCCAGCAGAUUCUGGCUACCCUGGUGUCCACGAGCGCGGACCUGAACUUCUGUGAUCUAGAAGAAAAUAAGACCCCUCUACUUCUCGCAGUUGAGAAGGUUCCGAUUGCUCAGGUCACAGCCGCUCUAUUGGAGUUCGGUGCUGAUUGCUUCCAUUCUUCCGGGAAUGGGUUUGAUUCCAUUUUGACAGCUGCAGUAGUCAACAACACAGAGUCACUGCGUGUUUUAAUAGCACAUGCCUUGGCCUCGCCGAAGCCGGGGGAUUGGACCCAACAUUUGGAGUAUCAGUGCGAGCUGAGCGACAAAGAUAUCUUCAACAACAUAUGCCUAGCAUUAAAACGCACUGAUAGGCUAGACCACAAGGACUCGAAUGGUCGAACACUGUUGCACCACGCUGCAGAGAAAGGGAACCUCGAUCUGGUCCUCAGUUUGAUCUGCCAUGGUGCUCAUGCAGAUAUGCCGGAUGAAGAUGGCUGGUUCCCCAUCCAUUGUGCCGCAUUUUCAUCAUAUGCCUCAGGUAGGGACGAUGAACGGCCCCGGCAGCCUCGCCAUGAUAUAGUACAGCACCUUAUGCCGAUAAACAUGGCGAAGCAUCCUUCCCAGCAUAAUUCCGAUGCUUCCAUUCAUGCUAAAGCCUCCCUCCACGACGCAGAAAUCCGUCAGCAGACACUACACACAAAGAACAAAAAAGGAAGCACGAUGCUUUCGGGCGCUUUGGAAUACAGCGACGAGAUCAUGUUUCUGCAUCUUCUCGAUCUCGAGAAUGAUUUCAACUCUUGUGCCACAUUGUCUCCAUGGCACCCUUCACUUCUUUAUCAUGCAUCUGUUCGUGGGAUGGCAAAAGCAGUGUCUUUCUUGCUGGACAGCAACGUCGAUAUUGAAAAGUCCGACGACCGUGGAUGGCGAUCACUGCACGGUGCAGUACGCUGGGGUCAAAUCGAGAUUGCUGAGAGACUCAUUACUGCCGGAGCUAGCGUGUGUGCUUCCACAACACAGUUUCACGAGGAUUCUUUCACGUGUUCCCAUGAUGGUGGGGAAUUAUGGCAUGGUCAUCCUCUCCAUCUGGCUGUAAUGGAGGGUAACGUCGACAUGGUUGAGCUUCUUUUGAAGCAUGGUGCAGAUGUGGGUGCAAACACAGGAUGCUUCAAAAGUACCGAUGGAAGCAUACGUGGCCCGACUGCACUUCAUAUAGCAUUAUAUCCACAGAUAUGGCAUGUGGAAGACGAGGAAGACCGCCAUGAAGAAUAUUUGAAGAUUGCUAGAAUGUUGAUUGAAAAGGGGUCCUCUGUUGAAGGUGUUUUGGAUCAAUUGCAGGUGAAUGAUAUUCCAAAGUUUGAAGGGUUUGAGGAUGUCUGGGAUAAGAUUCGAGGCUAUUCACCAUAG